UUUUUCUGCCGGUUCUAGAAAACCAACCACGAGUUGUCGUCGUGUGGGAGAAUCCAUCUUGAAGAGAGAGCUCUCCGGUUGUGUGUGAGACCAGUAAGCAGGUUUUUCCUACUUCUUUAAGCUUGGUUUUUCAGUUCAAUUAUAUUGUCACGUAGCCGUUAUAGCGCCCUCAAACAUGUCUGAGACAGAGCAGCAGUACAUGGAGACGUCAGAAAACGGCCACGAAGUCGACGAUGAUUUUAACGGCGCCGACCACACCGAGGAGGCGAACGAGGAGGAGGAGAGAGCCGUGAACGACUGCGGAGAGCAGCAGCAGCAGGAGGAGGAGGAGGAGGAGGAAGAGGAGGAAGGCGGCGGCGGCGGAGCGGGGCUCGACGCCGACGGGAACUCUCAGAACGGAGGCACGGAGGGCGGACAGAUCGACGCCAGCAAGGGAGAGGAGGAUGCCGGGAAAAUGUUUGUUGGCGGUCUCAGCUGGGAGACGAGCAAGAAGGAUCUCAAAGAUUACUUCACUAAAUUCGGUGAGGUGACGGACUGCACCAUAAAGAUGGACCAGCAGACGGGCCGGUCAAGAGGCUUCGGAUUCAUUCUCUUUAAAGACGCGAUCGCCGUGGAUAAGGUGCUUGAACAGAAGGAGCACAGGCUAGAUGGGCGUGUCAUCGACCCCAAGAAGGCCAUGGCCAUGAAGAAAGAUCCAGUCAAGAAAAUCUUUGUGGGAGGCCUUAACCCUGACACCUCAAAGGAAGUCAUUCAGGAGUACUUCGGGACCUUUGGAGAUGUCGAGACCAUUGAGCUCCCGCAAGAUCCAAAGACAGAAAAGAGGAGGGGAUUUGUAUUUAUCACGUACAAAGACGAGACUCCCGUCAAGAAGGUGAUGGAGAAGAAAUACCACAACGUCGGCGGAAGCAAGUGUGAAAUUAAAAUAGCCCAGCCCAAAGAGGUCUACCAGCAGCAGCAGUACGGCGCCCGUGGAUACGGAGGACGCGGCAGGGGCCGUGGAGGCCAGGGCCAGAACUGGAAUCAAGGUUACAACAACUACUGGAACCAGGGAUACAACCAGAACUAUGGCUACGGACAGCAAGGCUACGGAUAUGGCGGCUACGGCAACUAUGACUACUCUGCUGGUUAUUACGGCUAUGGGGGUGGCUACGAUUACAACCAGGGCAAUACAAGCUAUGGGAAAACUCCAAGACGUGGAGGCCACCAGAGUAGCUACAAGCCAUACUGAUCACACGUAGUGCAGGUCUAAAGUAAAUAAGAAAAAGAGAUCCAUGGUCUGACCACAACCAACAUGGGCUCUGGCUUUUCCUUUGGAGUUGGCAGAAAUUUGGACUCAUGCUCCAUAUGUACAGAUCAAGUGAGGAACUGGGGAAGCAAAUGUCACUUUUCCACUUUUUAUUUUAUAUUGUUUUGUGUCCAUUUACAUUUCCAGUGAUGGAAGUGUUAUUUUUACUGUACUUUUUGGUACCUUUUUGAAUCUAAUGUAUUGUAUGGUUGUAUUUUUACAUGUCUACUGGAUUUACAGAUGAGCAGGAGCAAGAGCUUUUAAAGCUCACAAAUAAAACAUUUUUUCUUUUUUUUUCUUUUUUUUGUUUUUGGUGUUUCUAGAUCUUUUAGUUAUUUUUCUCCCGUGCUGAAUGUUGGAUGCAAGUUGCAUGGCUUCAGAUGUGGGGUGAGGCAAAAAAAUAAGGGAUUUAAACUAAUCAAAGGGUUCAUUGUAAGCGUGUCAAGUGAAUGUUUGCAGAUGGCCUAGUAGACGAAGACAACCAGCAUCUAUUUUUUUUUUUUCUUUAAGCUUUUAAGGAGAUUCUUCCCCCAUCAUGUCUGCAAUUUUAAGUGGCUUUACUAGUGUUAUUCAACUGAACGCAAGCCUGUUAAUGUAAGAGGGUACUCCCUCUCUCACUGGAAACUCAUUCCUCUAGUGUCUUGGGCAAAUUGGUAGAAAUAAACUUUUGGUUUAUAUUA